UCUCCUCUUCGAAUCGUCACCUAAUUCACCAACAUCUUAAGUCUUAAGUCUUUAAAUUUUCGCCUAAAAUAUUUAAAAAAUUGCUUUCUCUUUGAAAGAAAUUCGAAGACUUUUUACUUCUUCCCAGUGUAUCGCAGGCACAUUUAAAAUUUUUUUUCGAGAAGAACUGAUAUAGGUAGAUUACCUAUGGCAAGAGGUCAGCAAAAGAUACAAUCUCAACAAAAAGCUGCAGAAAAGUCAGCCAAAGCUAAGAAACAGCAGGGUCAUAGCUUGGCUGAUCAAAAGGCAGCUGCAGCGAAGGCUUUGAGCAUCGUUUGCGUAAUUUUAAAGUGCAAUAAAAAAUUUGAAAGCAAAAUGUCUUACAUGAUUUAUAUUGCCCCAACAUUAAAUGUUGUAGAUUGGAAGACAUCUGACGUUUUAAAUUGGUUGAAAGGCUUAGAAUUCAUGAGCAGUGUUUAUAUCAAAGCCUUUGCAAAUAAUCAAAUCGAUGGACGACGAUUAUUGGGAAUCAGACCAUAUGAGCUUGAACAACUAGGUAUUGUGUCUGUUGGUCAUCAAGAAGUCAUUCUCGAAGCUGUUGAACAUUUAAAAAACUUUCAUUACAAUCUCGACAAAGAGAACUUACAAUACUUGUCGAUGCAAGUAAGCACCAUCAGUACAUCUCUUUAUAAACAACUUACUUACAAUCCAGAAGCAGAAUUGGGAACUCAAAUUUUAAGUGAUAUAACGAGAGCUUUAGCGAAAAUGAAGACAUUAAUCGGUUGGCUUGAUCGAUCUCCAUUUCAAGGUCACACGCAGUACAGUGAAAUAAGAGUGCAGAUGCUUAAAUUAGGAUUAGAGCUUGCAACAAUCGCUCAAAGGGGAAGAUUUGCUGAGAACCCAAUCAAACAAUUAACAACAUUAGCUGAAAAACUGUCGAAACUUUUAGAUUACAUUAUUCAGGACAUCACAGAUCCUUUGAUUCUUCAACCAGCAUAUCUUGAUUUAGUUACUCUCAAGAAAAAAGAAUCUGAAUUGGGAUUUUACAUCAUGCCAAGUUAUCAGUUUAUACACAGGAUUACUGACAUCAAAUACAAUUCACCCGCACAUAAUUCUGGAAAAGUUGAAGAUGGAGAUGAAAUUGUUCAAAUCAAUUACCAGACAGUUGUUGGUUGGCCUUACAAGACGGUCAUGUUGCAACUUCAAGAGUCUCCGACAGAUGUUUUGCUGACGUUAAAGAAGAGACCAAAGCAUGCAAAGAUUUAUGGACAACUUGGGUUAAUAAAAUUGCCGAGUAAGAAGAGAUCGAUUCCGUUUCGAUGGGACAACCUGCCAAGUCCUCGAGUUGAAUUAUUUAAUAUGCCUGACUUGCUUCUACCACCUUCAUAUAAAAUCAACAAGAAAGAAAUCGUUUCCGACAUUGAAGAUUCAAGUGAAAAUGAAAGUGAAACACCAACAGAGAUUAAAACAUCAGAUAAGGAGUUGAGAUUGUAUUUACCGAAACCACGAGCGAAUGUUCUUCAAAGACGACACACAAUUUGUGGUGAUGACUUGAAAAGUUUUCAAAACAUUGGAAAUCUUGUUUUAUGGCAUAAUCGUCGAAUCGACAAAGAGAAUUUAGAUUCACCAAGCUUACGUGACAAAUCAGUUUCGUUUGGUUUUGGUCUUGAAUUGACGCAACGUCCGACGACUUGUUUAGGUUUAAGUGACAACAUGUCAGCAAACCGACUAAAGAAUUCAUUGCCAAGUAUGGUAAAAGCUUCGGAAAUCAGCGAGACGAUUGAAGAAUGUGAUGAAAAGCAGCAAACGCAAGGAAAAAUUCAAUCAGGUGUCAGUAAAGUUGUAAGAUUUGAUUCGAACAAGUCUUUGGAUUACAAUCAUGAUCCUAAAUAUACUUGCAAUAUUGAAGAUACAAUAAUUGAGUCAUUCAUGCCAAUUCCGUAUGCAGACGAAGAAGUGACACUCGAGAAAAGGAAUGACGAGAAUUAUUUACAAGAUCCACCAAAACCAGCUCCGCGAACUUACUUCGAAAAUCGUCCUAGCGAAUCGUAUGUUGAAGCAAUCAAUUCAAUUGUUGUGAGUCGUGAAACUGUGAAAAGAGGUCGUCUUGAUAAAAGUCACAGCACACCAACUUACGACUCAGAUGACACUCAACCACCAGCCAUUGAACCACGACAACAAUCAGUGAAAAUUCCGCCAGUUCCACCAAGAAAAAAUGCAAACAUUAAUCCGACAUUUGUGAAAUUAACUCCUGAGACGAACGAGUCAAAUGACGAAAAUAAGUCAAAAGUUGCAAACGUCAUUGAUUUGAAAAAUAACAAGACCGUCGAAGUUUCAAUGACUGUGCCAAUUAAACGAGUGCCUUCUACAAAUUCACUUACAAAGCAACAGCAACAACAACCGAUGCCACCAACUCUUUUAGAAAAGCCUAAAAAGAAAUUCAUUCAUGAAGAAAUCAAUGAAGAAAGUGAACUCGUAACACCAGCAAAAGUAAAAACUUUAACAAAUAAAAAGAAGAAUUCAUUGAUGGCUAAAAGACGAAAAAUUGCCCUCAAAUCACUUGGCACGAGUACAACAAUACAAGGACAUUUAUAUCGAAGAGCAAAAGAUAAAACGGAAGUCGCAUAUUGGGCGAAACUUUAUUUCGUUCUCAUUGAGACCGCUUUGUAUGGUUUUAAGAACAAAGAAGCUCAGAAAGCUGAUUGUGUGAUUUAUCUUGGUGGUUUUACAAUUUCAUUGGCUAAAGAGGUUCAUUCAAAGCAACAUGCAUUUAAAGUUUAUCAUCCGAAGAAGACAUUCUAUCUGGCAGCUGAAACAGCUGAAGCACUCGCUCAAUGGAUGGAAUAUAUUCGUCAAGCAACGAUGAAAGGAACAACAAAUCUUGAAUGUGAGCCAAAAGAAUUAUUCUCCGAAACUGAAUGUUCCGACGAUGAGUUUGAUGUUUUGUCGAAUAAGCAAUUUUGUACUCCAUCGCCAUUAAAGUUAAACGCUGUAAAUGAGAAAACAACGCCAAUCGAUCAAACACCUCCAUCAGCGAAACAUUAUCACUUGAACUUUGGAUCGUUGAAAAAAUUUGCACGUGGAUCGAACACGUCACCAAGUGCCAAUACUGGUGAGAAUUCUUCACCAUCUGAUCAUAAGUUUUUGGGUUUCUUCUCGUCAAAUAAAAGUGCUGAGAAGAAAUCAGCUGACAUUGUUCCAACAGCGCAGUUUAAAACUUAUAAAAAAGUGAAGGAAAGCAACGGCGGACUGCAAUUAGGAGCGACGUCGAUGAUCAACACAAAUGUUUCUGACAUGUAUUUGCAAUCUGGUGCUGAUAACUCAUCGAUCUUGUCUGGUUUCUCGAUUGAUUCACGAAAGAAGCCGAUGGACGAUGUGAUGAAUGUUGAGAUUCAAGAAGAACUUAAGAAACAAGAUGACAAUGAAAUAUUCCAUAAACAUAACAAAAAAUCACUCAACUACUUACAUGCAUCCAAUCCGAAUCUUUUAGAUUUCAAUUUUCAUUCCACGAUGGAUUUUCCAACCGCUAAUUCGUCAACCUGUAAUUGGGAUCAUCAAACGGGAAUGACGUUGUUGGAUUUGAUGCAAAAGCAACUUGAUGAAGAGAAGAAAGAUAUGUACAACAAGAGAGUUGAACAAGGAAUUGAAAAGAUAGAUGAACGAUCAUUGCAAAAGAAACAAGAGAAGCCCGUCGUGCCACCCAAACCUGAUCCACAUAUCGAGAAAAUUCAGAAACGAACACUUCCGAUCACACCUGACUAUGCUCAAAGCUUCAAGCCUGAUGACAAAGCAAUUUUAUAUACUCGAACGAAGGAAGGUCAGAAGUUGAGAGAUUUUGGAUAUGAAUUGAUUAAUGGCGACGAUCCAGCUUGUAACAUGGACAACAUGAAGAUUAAUGAGAAACUUUGGAGUUCUAAACGUGGUGAUAAAAUCGUUCCAUCAGGUUCUUUGAAAAAGAAAAGUGGCUUUAACUGGAUGAUGUCAUCUGACAAAGAAGAAGCGACAACAAGUUGCUUAGGAAAUCCUGGAAGUUUAAGGAAAUCAAAAAACAAAAAUGACAUUUUAAAGCAACAAAGUUUUGUUCAAGGAUCUUAUCAACAAAAUGUUUUAUCGUCAUCGAAAGUUCUUCGGAAGAAUUCUGCACCUAACAGUGGUGGUGGCGGGGGUUCUUCAAAGUUGAAGUUAUCUCCAAUCAUGUCAGAAUCGAUAGAAAUUGUUGAAAUAUCAGAUGGUUCAAUAAACAUAGAUGCUUUGUCGGAGCUCAAAGAUGAAUCUACAACUGAGCCAGUUCUCGAUACAACAACAAAAACAAAAAGACAAUUGAAUGAGUCGGAUCUGGAUACUGAUGAAAAUUCACCAAAAAAGUUUCGAAUUGAUGAAAGUCAAAAUGAAGAUGCUUCAGAAAUUGAUUCGAAAAUAACUUUAACAAUUACUGACGGACAAAUAUCAACAAUCGAAGUACCAUCGCAAUCAGUUGUAGAUAAAAGUCAAGAUAAAGAUGAAACUGUGAAGGAAAAUGAAAGUUCCGAGAUACAAUAUGAGUUAAACACAGAUGUGCUGGAUAUAGCUGUAAUGAUAUCAUCAUCUGUUGUAAACUUAGGUGAGGAAGAAGAAGGAGAUGCUGAUGAGAUGCUUGAAGAAGUUCCUGAACAAUCAAACGAGUUGAUAGAAGAACAAGAGGAAGUUUGUGAAGAGGAAGAUGAAGACGAAUUGGCUGAUUAUCAAGAGUCUGAGUCUGGAAAUAGCUCAGAAAAUGAGGAAGAUGACGAUGAUGCAAUGAUGAAACGUGCAGUUGCAGCAACAAUUCAACAUAACCAGCAAUCAGCCAAAAAGUCUUUUCAAAUGCCAACAAAUGAUGAGCCAAUUGCUUUAGAUGAUUCCGACGAUGAUAUUCCUCAAGAAACUUCCGAAUAUCACAGCGAUGGUGAGUUCUCCGUAGAUAAUAAUGUCAUUGGCGGUUCAGAUGAGUCAGAUGGAGAAGAAGAGUUCAAUAUGUUGCGUGAAAAGGCAAUGAAGUCUGCAUUAAAGCCACAUGUACUACAAGCACAACGUCUUGUUAAAAAAUCUUUAAGAUUCCUCACAAGAAAGCGUGUAGAAAGGAAAAAAAUUCUUAAGAACGUUCAAGUGGAAAAAGAGAAGGAAAAUGAAGUGAAAAAUCCACUCGAGGAAAAAAAUAAAUGUGAAAAUCCUAAAAUUCCUUCAUCUGAUGAACAUGAAAAUGCAAAUGAAUUGAAUGAAGAAAAGGAUAGUAAAACUCAACCAGAUAAACCACAAGAAAUGGAAGUUGAUGAACCGCUUAAGAUUGAAACUGAACCAUUAAAUGAGAAGGAAAGUACUGAAGGUGAAGAGUUAAAGAAAGCAACUGACAUUACUAAAGAGACGUCUUCGCAACCAGAAAAGUCAGAAGAAAAUGUUGAAGAGCCACAAGGAGUGAAUCAAGUCACGGAGAACUCAAAUGAAUCUUCAAACCAAGAAAGCAAUUUACUUCAUGAAAUAGCAAAUUCCAGUAUUGACGACAUUUUCAAUCGAUAUGUUAUCAAAAAUUCUGACCAAACGCCAACAUUAGAUGAAUUUAAAGAAGAACUUUUCUUUUGUUUACAUCAAAACAAACAAGAGAUUGAAAAAGCUCAACAAUUAUGGAAUGAAAAAGUUCACAUAAAAUAUAAAAUUCAUGUGCGUGCAAGUAUGUUGAGACGAGAUGAGAAACAAAGACAUGAUGACCUUGUAUCAGCUUCAAACACUUAUGAAAGUAAUCAGUUGUCAUCUCAAUGGAAUAAUUUGCAAGGAAAUGGCAAUGGCCAAGGACGACAAGGACAAAUUGUAGAUGUUCAAUCGAUUAUAAAUGAUUUCCGUCAGAAAAAUCCACAAGAAAUUCCACGACGUGGACGUCGCAUGAAGAGUAGUUUCGGCAGUGGAUUUUUUGAUAACCAAAGUAGCGAUAGAAAUGAAUUUCUUGCAAAUGCUUCCAACAAUAAUCACGACUUCAAUAACACAAUGAAAUCAAAUUCUGGUUAUCCUGAAGUUAGUCUUCAUCCAGUUCAAAACUUGUACAAGAAUCUUUCGAAUGUUGCUGGGCCUUCUGGUGCACAUUUAAGUGGUCAAAAAUCGUCUCUUUUACAAUCAAUUCUAACGAAACAGUCAACCAAAAGUCCUGUUGGAUUUCAUCCAAAUCAUUCAGCGUUACCAUCAACAUCAACACUUGCUCGUUUGCUUACAGCACCGGAAAGAUCAUUUCAAGGUGCACCUAUAAAACAAACAAGUCAAUCGAUGACAAGACAGUCUUCCGGAAAAGUUCAUCAUAAUGGCGAAAUUACAAUUACACCCAUCGGUGCUAAUAAUUCCCGUAACAAAGACUUUUCAAUGGAAGAUGAAGAUAAUUCAUUGGAACCACCUUUGGUGAUUGACGAAACUGAAGAUUUUGAUGCCAGUGAGCGAAGCAAUGUGAAGUCAGUUUCUGAUCUUUUGUGUCAAGGAUGUAAAAAGAAUAAAGCAUUUUUCAUGUGUGCUGGUUGCUCCCGUCAAUGGUAUUGCAGCAAGGAAUGUCAGGAAAUGGCGUGGGAUGAACAUGCUGAAUCAUGCAUGAUUUGAGACGAACUUGGAAGUGAUUCACAAAACUUGAAUGUUUAAGAAAAAUUUUCUACUUUUUAUACUUUAUUAAGAAAAGAGUAAAAUUUGCUAUAUGAAGAAUUGAAAAGAAGAAACGUUGAUACUUGUGGAAUCAUCGUUAAUGUAAAGAUAAAAAAUGGACAAAGCAUGUACUAUUUCACUUUAUUAAUCUUAAUACACAUUAAAUUAGUUUAUCUCAUCAUUUUCGUUAUAAUCGAAAGUAAGGAAAAUGUGACUGGUUUCAUAAUUUGAUCAAAAAAGCGAUAGAAAAUUUAUUUUACAACCUAGUCACAUCUUUAUUUGCUCAUCGAUUGAUUUCUUUUUUAUACCAAUAACUAAAUUUAAGGCUUUUAAAUCGAGUCUUUUUGUUCCAUUUGACACAUGAAUUUCAAUAAUAAUAAAUAAAUGAAAACUUGUAGUGACUAAAA